AUGAGGAAGUUUCAGAAAAAGCCCAGAUCUUCGUCGCUUCACUUCAUUCAACGAACGUUUAACUGGGAGACGAGUCCAAACCUGCUGUGGACAGAAGAGCCGACUGGUGGAAGAGAGCUCAGUAAGGGAAGCUCUGGUUGGUUUCAUCAAGUUCUCAGUGAACGUGUGAUUGUUGGAGGUGUUUGGUUUAGUUCCAGUGAUGGUGAACGUGUGAUUGUUGGAGGUGUUUGGUUUAGUUCCAGUGAUGGUGAAUGUGUGAUUGUUGGAGGUGUUUGGUUUAGUUCCAGUGAUGGUGAACGUGUGAUUGUUGGAGGUGUUUGGUUUAGUUGUAGUGAUGGUGAACGUGUGAUUGUUGGAGGUGUUUGGUUUAGUUGUAGUGAUGGUGAACGUGUGAUUGUUGGAGGUGUUUGGUUUAGUUCCAGUGAUGGUGAACGUGUGAUUGUUGGAGGUGUUUGGUUUAGUUGUAGUGAUGGUGAACGUGUGAUUGUUGGAGGUGUUUGGUUUAGUUGUAGUGAUGGUGAACGUGUGAUUGUUGGAGGUGUUUGGUUUAGUUCCAGUGAUGGUGAACGUGUGACUGUUGGAGGUGUUUGGUUUAGUUGUAGUGAUGGUGAACGUGUGAUUGUUGGAGGUGUUUGGUUUAGUUCCAGUGAUGGUGAACGUGUGAUUGUUGGAGGUGUUUGGUUUAGUUCCAGUGAUGGUGAACGUGUGAUUGUUGGAGGUGUUUGGUUUAGUUGUAGUGAUGGUGAAUGUGUGACUGUUGGAGGUGUUUGGUUUAGUUCCAGUGAUGGUGAACGUGUGAUUGUUGGAGGUGUUUGGUUUAGUUCCAGUGAUGGUGAAUGUGUGACUGUUGGAGGUGUUUGGUUUAGUUCCAGUGAUGGUGAACGUGUGAUUGUUGGAGGUGUUUGGUUUAGUUCCAGUGAUGGUGAACGUGUGAUUGUUGGAGGUGUUUGGUUUAGUUGUAGUGAUGGUGAACGUGUGAUUGUUGGAGGUGUUUGGUUUAGUUCCAGUGAUGGUGAACGUGUGAUUGUUGGAGGUGUUUGGUUUAGUUGUAGUGAUGGUGAACGUGUGACUGUUGGAGGUGUUUGGUUUAGUUCCAGUGAUGGUGAACGUGUGAUUGUUGGAGGUGUUUGGUUUAGUUCCAGUGAUGGUGAACGUGUGAUUGUUGGAGGUGUUUGGUUUAGUUCCAGUGAUGGUGAACAUGUGACUGUUGGAGGUGUUUGGUUUAGUUGUAGUGAUGGUGAACAUGUGAUUGUUGGAGGUGUUUGGUUUAGUUCCAGUGAUGGUGAACAUGUGAUUGUUGGAGGUGUUUGGUUUAGUUCCAGUGAUGGUGAACAUGUGACUGUUGGAGGUGUUUGGUUUAGUUUGUAGUGAUGGUGAAUGUGUGAUUG